CCCAUCAUGUGUCUCUUCUCUGUCAGGGACCGCCUCACAUCCUGUCAAUUAAUGACUUCCUUCGACCCUGCUGUAGACCCCAUGAACACCGUGUGGAGUGAUGAGCUCUAGGCAUGCCUGAAGUCCAAUGACAUAAGACUACUUUUUGAAUAUCAGCCACCGACACGAGAACCUCAAGUAAUCAAGUAUCUGCCUUGAUGAACAGGUAGUGGACCUACCCGCCCAGAACUGCUCAGUCAAUGAUGGGCGGAGGGCGUCUCACCAGCUGGAGCCUUAAAAAAGUUCAGAGCCUGAUUUGAUCCGUGGAUCUAAAGGCCAAGGAACAAUGAGCACCAUGGCAACAGAAAUUGUUGCAUUUCUCCUGAGUGUCUCCGGAUGGAUCCUGGUGUCAUCCACACUUCCUACGGACUACUGGAAGGUCUCCUCGGUGGACGGUACGGUCAUUACUACGGCGACCUUCUGGUCCAACCUGUGGAAAACAUGUGUGACCGACUCUACAGGUGUGUCCAACUGCAAGGACUUUCCCUCCAUGCUGGCUCUGGAUGUUUACAUCCAAGUAUGCCGGGGCCUGAUGAUUGCAGCGGUGUGUCUGGGUUUCUUUGGUGCCGUACUUGCCCUGCUUGGAAUGAAGUGCACAAAAGUAGGAGGCUCCGAGAAUAUCAAAACUCGCCUGGCAGUCUUUGCAGGUUUCCAGUACAUCCUCAGCGGCUUGUGCUGCAUGACCGCCUGCUCCAUAUAUGCUCACAGGAUCACGACCGACUUUUUCGACCCCCUCUUUGUUGCCCAGAAAUUUGAACUGGGAGCGGCGCUCUUUAUCGGCUGGGCGGGAUCUGUGUUAUGCAUUUUGGGAGGUUUGAUUUUCUGUCUCUCCCUGUCAUCAGGCUCGAGCGUCAGACUUCAUCACUCCUCAAGGGGUGCUGCUGUGUCUCCACACACACACGGCGAGCGCGGCAAGGCCACUAGCAGCCUGCAAAGAGAGUUUCUGAAGCCAUCCAGGAAAUUUGGAAGAAACGCCUAUGUGUGAAAUUGCUGGUCAGCAUGAGAUUAUGCAUGUGGGUGAACUUUGAAAGAGAAAUAUUGUAGCAGGACAUAUACAGCAGCUUCAAAUACAAAAGACUUCAUUUUGAUAGGUCACAUCUGAAGCCGCAGACAACCUGCACUUGACAGGAGGUUUCCCCACCAAUUAACCAUCAAUCUACACUUCUAAAUAAUCAUCAAGACGAAGCUUAGCCAGUGCCCGACACGAUCCACUGAAUUCAUAAACAAGUAUCGGGUGUCCGUGGCAUUGCAGAAUGGUGACAUUGUGUUUUUAAAUACCAGUGUGCAUUUUACAAAAGAAAACAUGAUUUUAGGGGAAAAUUGUGGGGAUUUCUACACUUUGGACUUCUUACUUUCAAGUGUUUCAUAUUUUGUCUGUAUUAUUUCUUUGAUUUGAACUUGUAAAGGACUUUGAGCUGUAAAAGUGCCCUAUGAAUAAAGUUUAAUUGAUUGAUUGA